AACAGAAAAGAACUUGGAGCCAGAUGAACCGAAGAGGAAGGAAAAGUGGAUAGAAAAAUGUCCUUUCUGUAUAUCGACCGGAUUCAGAUAACAACAAAUGCCUUUUGGAUAACAUGUUCCUAAAGGCCUAUUUACUGUGCUGGAGCACUGAGAGAAUAAUGUGAUGGAGAACCAAGAAGAAAGCUCUGCAGAUGAACGAGUUCUCCGGGCUCCAGGGAGAGGACUCCUCCAUGUCUGGCCUUCGGGGGAAGGAACCGAUCAGCUCUUCCCAGAGACGGCAUUCUUGUCCAGACCUGUAGUGCAGGUCUCCCUGGGUGAACAUCAUGGCAUGCUUUUGCUACAGGGGGGUGAGGUUUUUUCAUUCGGGGAACUUUCAUGGAGGGGUCUGAGCGUCCCCGUGUCUGCUCCGCUGCUGGAGGCCUCGCUGCUGGAGAGGGUGGUGGUCCAUGUGGCAGCUGGUGGCUUCCACUGCGGAGCCAUAAGCGAGCAAGGCAGCGUUUACAUGUGGGGGGAGAACGCUGCGGGACAGUGUGGGCAGACGGAGGACGGCUCUGUCGCAAAUAUCACAGUUCCUGAGCCCUGCCCUGUGACGGUGGUGGACAGUGAGGUGAUUCCUCCUGUGGUCGUUCGGGUCGUGGGCCUCGCCUGUGGACUGGAGCACAGCCUGGCUCUGUCCGACCACCAUGAGCUGUGGGCCUGGGGGAGCGGCUGCCAGCUUGGCCUGGUCACCAAAACCUUUCCUGUGUGCAAACCUCAGAAGGUUGAACAUCUUGCAGGCAGACGUGUCAUUCAGGUGGCGUGCGGUGCGUACCACAGCCUGGCUUUAGUUCAUAGUUUACCCGCUCAGGACAUUGGCACUCAGAGUACCCCAAAGAUGAGGGAGCGAGGCCGAUCUCCUCAGUGCCCCGUGAUAGACAGGGAGGAAGUGUUUACAGCUGAUGACGCUCACUACUGCCCGCUGGGGGUGGAGCUCUCUGAGGUCAUGAGAAGUGAGACUCCUUCCAGAAGACAGGUUUCCAGACAGCGGCUCCAUCCGGGUGGAACGUCCCCUGGCAGCAGCCCCGGCUCCAGAGCCACUAUAUCCUCUUACUCUGAUGACACCAGAUCUAGCCCUAAACCCAGAUCUGUGGAAAACGGAGCCGAGUUUGUGUCUCAUACUGACGGAGGUGCCAACAAGGACUCUGCAUUUUCUGAUGAGCUGGAGCUUCAGGGUUUUCUUGAGAAACUUUCUGGUCAGACAUCAGAGUCGCAACACGCCGUUGCAACAGGAGAUACCGACUCAGUAAACAGCCACGCUGGAUCAGAUGACAGUUGCAUUUCUUCAACUCCCUCCUCGGAUCUACUGACUUCCAGCUAUAAAGAUGACUCAACUUUCAAGAGACUGACAAACAACGGCGGGGCGUCUGGACCGCUCUCGUCUUCUCCAGUGUCCCUGGAAGAAGUUCGUCUUUGUCUGGUGAAGGAGAAGCAGGCGCUGCUCAGCUCCAGCCUCACAAAUAUACACCAGAAGGGGAAUGCAGCAACAAGCAGGAGACUCUCUCUUCCUGGAAUCCCCACCCAUGGGUCUCCCCGGAGACGCCAUCAUUGUGCCUGCGGGCCCACCCCUGCCGCUCAGGCUCCGUCUGCAGGACCAGACGACGCACGAGACGGACUGCCGUCUCUGGAGACAGAGGUGUGGAGCUGGGGCCGUGGAUCUGAGGGCCAGCUGGGACACGGAGACCAGCUCGCCAGGCUGCAGCCUUUGUGUAUCAAAUCUUUGACGGGUCAGGAAGUGAUCAAAGUGGCUGCAGGGUCCCACCAUUCGCUGGCUCUGACAGCACAGUGUCAGGUCUAUUCUUGGGGAAGUAACAUGUGUGGACAGCUUGGUCACGUCAAGACGCCCGUCACUGUGCCUCAGCUCGCAAAGCUGUCUGACGGUCUUCGUGUUUGGGAUGUGUCGGCCGGACAGAGCCACUCCCUCCUCCUGGCCGACGGCGACUGUGUGCAGCCGGUUCUAUUGUACUGCGGCCAGAAGAGCGGGAAACAGCAGAACCGAAGCUUCAGUCAGAGCUCGCCCACAGGGGGGGAGAGCUACGCCGUCAGACCCUCGCUGCUGCCCUUCUACAUCGAGAUGAGUUACAUCAGCAGCGUGUGCAGCGGCGGGCAGCUCUGCGCGGCGCUGACGGACCGCAACGUGAUGGGUUUUAUCGCAGCCAUCCAUGAGCUGGCCUCCAGCGAGAGACGGUUCUCCUGCUGGACGAGCGACGUCAGGAAGUUCCUCAUCGCUCCGCUGCGUAAAAAAGAGAGUGCGUGUCAGACGUUAGGUGAGCCGAGCGCUCGUCUGUUCUUUGCACUUUGUGACAGUUUUGUUCACCUGAGCAAACUGGUCGGACGUCACGCCACGUCCCUCAGCUACUUCCUGCAAAACGCCCAGAGCCGCGAUGUAGCUUCCUUUCCCCUGCUGACCAACACGGAAACCUUCAUGGAGACGUAUAGAAAGUAUUGUUCUGCAGUCGGUGACUUCCAAGUUAUGGGUGGAUUCCAGUCACUGCAUAAACUCUCACUGGAGGCCCUGGCCAGUCAGCAGGCCGUGCUCGCCCAGCUGUGUGGAUCAGAUGAGUCUGUCAGUGGGAAGCUGGAUCUGGUUUCAAUGUUCUACCAGCCUCUGCAGCAGCUCCACCAUUACAACAGGGUCCUGCUCAAAAUGGCAGCAUGCUACGACGUGCUAACGAUGGAGUAUCAGUCCCUGCAGCAGGGCUGCAGUCACUUCGAGGCGCUCUCUCUGUCCCUCCUGAGGAAGAAGAAAGAGGCUGAAAAUACGCAGCUUUUCUGGAAAACUCAUUCAGGCAAAACCAUUGAGAACCUGCGUCUCCCGCAGCGCCGCGUUGUCUGCGAGAGCAACAACCGCUCUCUGACUCCUCAAAACGCCGGCCGCUUCUCCAACCACUGGUUCAUACUGUUCAACGACGCCCUGGUGCACUCGCAGGGAACUCUUCCCCCUCAGAGCUUCUUCUCCACGCAUCACGUCUAUCCUCUCACCUGUUUGUGGGUGAAACCCAUCACUGAAGACCGCAGUGGAGUUUAUGCUAUUAGGAUAAUAUGUCCAGAGGAGAGCUUCACGCUGGUUGCCUCAACUCCACAGGAAAAGAACAAGUGGCUGCGGGCGUUGAACCAGGCGGUGGAUCAGGUGCUGGGCGGCGCAGCUCAGGGGUCAUCGCCAGGGGUAACGGUAGCAGUUUGCCGCACCGCCUCGUACAAGUUUAUAGCAGAUGAACGAUUCAAAGAGGCCGAGUACAGUGGGAGCUGGAUGGCAGGGCGGGUCCACGGCAGAGGAACCAUGAAGUGGCCGGAUGGGCGGAUGUACAAGGGAAACUUUAAGAAUGGACUGGAGGAUGGUUAUGGGGAAUGUGUAAUACCGAACAAAGUGCAGAAUAAACACGAUGCUUACCAAGGACAGUGGAGGGAGGGAAAGAUCCAUGGUUUUGGCAAGUACAGGUACGCCAGCGGAGAGGUAUACGAGGGCUGUUUCUGCGAUGGGCAGCGCCACGGUUACGGCAUGCUGAGCUCCAGUAAAUUGGCCCGGACUUCCUCUAGUGUUUUCAUUGGCCACUGGGUUCAAGACAGGAAGACGGGGUACGGUGUCCACGACGAUAUCACGAGAGGUGAGAAGUACAUGGGCUUCUGGCUGGAUGACCAGAGGCACGGCAGCGCCGUGGUCGUCACCCAGUACGGACUUUAUUUUGAAGGGUCGUUCAAGGAAAACAGGAUGAGCGGUUCUGGCCUGUUGGUGUCAGACGAUGACACCGUUUUUCAUGGGGAGUUUAGUGACGACUGGACCAUCAAUGGGAAGGGAGUUAUGACUCUUGCAAAUGGGGACAAUCUGGACGGCCUGUUCAGUGGCGAGUGGAGGACGGGUCUGAAGGUGGCAGGGACGUACGUCAAACCAACCUUAGAAGAAUAUGAAAGCAAGGAGAAAAACGUCCUGCCCUUGGGCCAGUAUGUGGUGCCUGCAGCUCAAAGGUGGAUCUGUGUGUUUGAUGAAUGCUGGAGUCGACUCGGCUGCAACGGCGCCGGCGAAGGAGAGAGGAGUAAGGCAUGGGAGAACAUCGCUGUUACCAUAACAACGGCCCGGCGACAGAGCCCAGACCUCAGUAAAUCUCACACCAAAGUUCUGGAGAGUUUGGAGUUCAUCCCUCAUUACGGAGAACCAGUCACCACCACAAACUACGACAACAUCAGACGAUACCUCACUAAGGCCUGCGAGACCCCGCACCAUCCUCUGGGCUGGCUGGUGGAGACGCUGGUGACGGCGUACAGGAUGACGUAUGUCGGGGUGGGUUCAAACCGCAGGCUGCUUCAACAAGCUGUCCAGGAGCUGCAGGCCUACCUGACUCACUUCUACACCAUCAUCAGGUUUUUGUUUCCAGGGUUACCAGGUGAUGGUGGCAUCAUCCCAGACCCUCCUCACCCCGACCCUUUCAAAGGCCGACGCAACUCUGAUAAAGUGGAGCAGGGUGUUUUAGUGGUCAGCUGCUCGUCUCUGCUCCUCCCUCUGCUGCUCCCCCGACUCUAUCCUCCUCUCUUCACCCUUUACUGUCUGCAGCAGGAGCAGGAGGAGGCCCAGUACUGGGAGCGCAUCCUCCGACUCAACAAGCAGCCAGACCAGUCGCUCCUCGGCUUCCUGGGAGUGCAGGAGAAGUUUUGGCCUCACUGGAUGUCCAUCCUGGGAGAGAAAAAGCAGAUAGUUUCCAGCAGUAAAGAUGCCUGUUUUGUUUCUGCUGUUGAGACUCUCCAACAAAUCAGCACCACGUUUACCCCAUCAGAUAAACUGAUGGUGAUUCAGAGGACGUUUGAGGAGCUCACCCUGGAAGUGAAACCUCUGCUGGCCGGAGACUUCCUGUGGUGCAUGGACGACCUGUUCCCUCUCUUCCUUUACGUGGUGCUCAGAGCGAGGAUCAGGAACCUUGGAGCUGAAGUCAGCCUGAUUGAAGACCUGAUGGAUCCCAACCUUCAGCACGGAGAGACGGGCCUCAUGUUCACAACCCUGAAGGCCUGCUUCAUUCAGAUCCAACAGGAGUCCACUUUAUAAGCAGCCGUUACAGGAAGGGUUUCAUUCAUCCUGGCCGACCCUGAAGCUCGGAGCAGCACGCCCCCCUCUGCUGUUUGACUCCAUCGUUCUGGUAAAGUUUGGGUCAUAAAACUGGAUGAUUGUUGAAGUUUCACAUGAAUCCAACAUGUGGAGACGUCUGCUUGUCGUCUUAAAUCUGCUUCCCUAUCAAAAUCUGGAAGAGUUGAUUCAAAGGGAGACAAGGCACUAAUUAAAUUGACAAUAUUAAUAUAAAUAUCUUUUUAGCACUGAAAUUCUCCUUAAAGGAACCUCCAGCAUAUAAUAGACCACUUUACUGAUGUACACCAAACCCUAAUGGAUUAUUGUUAUAACAGCAGUUACACAAACUGGAAAGGAUUUAUAUUUUACUGUAUUUUUCUUUUAAGGGAGCAAAUGUUUUUAAAUAAUAUCAAUGCAUUUUGGAUGCAGCUCUUUAUUUUACUAAAGUUCUGUUUGUGCUUUAAUGAGCAUCUAAAACAACCAGCAACAAAGCUGUCUGUAAAUCUCAAAGUUUUAGCCUCAGAUUGUGUGCCAGCACUGAAAUAUAAACAUUUUAUACGUGUAAAUAACUGUGUCUGUUACAGAUCAUGGAUCUGUUGGGAACUAACUCCUGUACAUAAAAGGGAAUGUUUUAUCUGCUGCCUACAGCAGAGAGCGGCAGGUUUUAACAGGGUUUAAAUUUACCUCCUACUCUGCAGCGCUUAAAUGACGUUUUAGUUGUUUGGAAUCGUUGAGAUUUUAUGCUCAGAUGUUGGUAUUGAGUCAUUGUGGAUGAGAUUAUCACAUUAUUUUAGGCAUUAAAAGAGAAUUUGUCGUGCAAAUUUGAAGUUAUUGAACAGUAAUUCUAAUCUGAUUUGAGAUUAAAAGAUUCAGGAUUGAGUGUAUUUAUGUAUCCUGAACAGAAAGGAAGAUCAACCUGUUUAAAUCCUGAGUGAAACAGGUUCACAUGAACCAGCUUAAAGCCUUCUGAACAAACUUCUUUACUGGAUCUAAAGCCUUUCCAUUAAAGCGUUUCCAUUGAGACACCAAACCUCCUCAAUAUUCAGCACUUUGUAAAUAGAAAUGAUAAAAACUGAUUCCAUUAAUUAAAUUAUGCAAUUAAUUUCUAUUAAUAUAUAAUAUUUAAUUAAAAUAACACGUAAACAAAUCAGCCUCCCACUACUUCUGGUCAUCUUCACCUGUAGUAACGCCCAGGUAUUGAUUUUAUGUUUUUUACAAAAUGCACUAAUUUUGAAUUCCACCUCA